AUGGCAGCGAAAAGUGGAGGAAACGUUGACUGGCCGUCAAUAAUAAAGCCAAUUUUAGCCGCAUCUUACGGAUCGUUCAAUAAAAAUGAAGUAAUCGAGCUCAUCAAAGUCAUUAUCAAAAGUGAGGAGGAACUUUUAACCCACGAGGAUAAAUACGAUGCCUUUUACACGUCCUUUACAGCCCUCGUUGCUGAUUACAUCAGUGGAUGUGCAAAUACAUUGUCGAAGAGUCAAAUACCCACAGUAUGUCAGGCGUGCAAAAUUCUCCUGACAUAUCUCAUUGGAAAACAACCAGCAGAUGGAUCCUCAUCCAUUCUGACGAUGAAGCAACUUCUCCUGCCAAUUCGUGCACUCUGCACUGGUCAAAGCCUCCUGACAAAGACAGACGAAGUCGCCUUAAUAGCAAUUAUGAAAAAUGCCAAUGUACCAUCGUGCAUAACAGCCACAACGAAUACAUCGACGAAUAAUGAGAAAGACACAACCCCACAGCCAAUUAAAGAAUCAAAGAGGUCGAGAAAUGAUUUGUCAUCUUCGAUACUUGAGCAAUUGACGAUGCCAUUGGAGAAUUUCAUCCCAUCUAUCGCAAUCAGCAGUGACAUCAUGAUUGAGAUCAAUAAAAAUACUGCGGAGAGUGCGGAAAAUGAUGCGGGGAGUAAUGAAAUUAAGAUGAUGUUUAUUGCUAAUAAUGUAAGCACACUCCAGGGCAUCGGGGCUGGGGACACUUUGCUUGACAUGUGCUCAAAUCUGCCUCAUCUAUCUCGAUAUAUGAGGAAAUAUCAAGCGUACAUGAGCAGGAAGGGAUUUAGUCUGCCUGGCAAUCACGCAGAGGCACACAUUAUAAGGCACAGUCUGCACGCUGUAGUUAAUGACAUUAACAUCGUCCACAGUGUAGUCUCUCUGCCUGUUUUGGAGCCCUUGACACCGGCUAAACUCGAGAAAUUAUCUCUUCUGACCAUGUCCUGUCUUUACUGCUCCAUUGCAAAUGCAACAGCAUCGAGUAUUGUUGGGGUUUCCAAUGCAGUCUCUCCAAAGUGCAGCACAAAUGCCAGUAAUAGCGCCACAAGUCAUCAGGGCUCCAAUCAUGGACAAUUGAGUAAAAAUACUGAAGAGGAUUAUGAUUCUCUUGCGAUAGCUGUUGUUGAGAAGAGUCUGGAGAUAUUUGGAUUGGUGUCGAAUAUAAUAAAACACAGUACCCGAGCUGGUGGGCAUAUCCUUCAGAAUCAUCUGCUGAUUGGGGUAUGGCUGCUUGUUGCUGGACUCCAGGCACAGCUAACUGUCAGCAGUUUCAGCAGCACUACUGAUAAAACCAAAGAGGAGAAAGGAAAGUCACCGAGUAAAGCCAGGGAUGGCACUUCACGAAUUAAUCUCAUGAAAGUUCAACAGGGAUUUGGAGUUCUUUCUGUUGCUCUUGCCUCUCAUGCACUCACCCUUAUGAGUGCAUUGCUUGAAGAUGUUUCCGUUGAGACGAACAAUGAUACAUCACCACCAACCGAACCAGCACCCCUCGAUAUUCUAGCCACCAGUACUGCUCUCCAACGUGCCAUGACUUUUUUGCAGGCCGCACCACUCAAUCAUUUGUUGUUUUAUUUGGCGACAAUUAGUUACAGGAAGGCUUGCACUCUGAAAAGAGUUCAGAAACAUCCCCAAGAAGGUGACACACUCAGUCAAUCGGAUUCUACAACUUACUACGAGGAUCUCCUGAGUUUCUCAGAGAGUUCAACCGACGAAGAACAAACUGUUAUGUCGGUAGAGGAGGACAGUGAGCCUAUCUUGGGCCUGUGGUUCGAGGAAACAUUGUCACCUUCCGAAGGAUCACCCACAAACACUACCAAAGACACUAACAACGAGACCAAUGCUGAGAGACCAUCGACCACUAUUGUUCCUGAUAAUAGAGAGCCACACGGGUACAUCUCUCUGGCAACUCAAAUUUUCCAAUUCAUGAAUCAACACCUAAUUGGCAGUCGAAGUUCUUAUGUCCGUGAAUAUGUCAUCAAUGGGCUUGUUGAACAACAAAUGGUCAUUCUCGCCGCAAUAAUUCGAGAUUUGGAUCACGAAACAGCGAGAACCGAGACUGGUACGAUAUCUGUUUUUUAUGGUGCAGCACUGGGUGCCAUGUACUCGGAAUUCUCUCAGGCAUUGAGCCAAUACACUCACAACUUGCUCGCUCGAAAUACUCUGAGUGAAUCCCUCCAGAAUACACUCCUCCAGCAUCUCGGUGUCAGCCCCUGGACUAUCGAUGGCACGAGUUCCACCUCAUGGCCACUGCAGGUUUAUCCGAGGACACUUAGCGUUUUGGCACAAAUAUUGCUGUUGAAACCUCAAUUGGAGAAGGAGGCUGCCUGCAUCAGCAUCUGGCAGAGAUUGGUUACAACCAUGGUGGAGAAUGUUUGCAAUCCACCUGUGACGUUUGAACCGGAGAACGAGGAUCUCAACGUGGAACAUGCUCAGCUUGUCCUCUUCCUAUUCCAUUCGUUGAAUCUCAUGCAGAAGAAAUCGGUUUUACUCGUCACUGGGAGUGGAGCUGUUCGUUGCAGUGAGGCUGUCAAAACCCCCAUGAAAGAUACACAAAUUCUUCAUAUUUCUCGGCUCCUGCUGCUGCUCGAGUACAUGAUGAAGCAUCUGUAUGAUGCGCCACCCACACUCCUCGAACAGGUUCAGUGGAAUCUCCUGUCUGCUACCAGCCUUGUAUCUGACACGAAGGAGGGAAACAAACAAGCAGCGAGGAUUUACACUCCGUGGAAAGAAAUCGAGGACAAUUAUCCAAAAAUUGGACCGCAAGAUGAAUUCACAAUGAAGCCUCGUUUCUAUAAUUUAACAAACGCUGACUUCAAUAAUCAGGAUACACCGAAACUCGAUGGCCUUGCCCUUAACUUUGUCUUGGGGACUCCUGAUAAAAUGAAGUAUCCCCUUCUAGUCGAUGCCCUCAUCGACAUUCUUAAUGUCGUCAAUCAGACACACGUGUCGAAGAAAAUGGAUAACAAAGAGGGAAAAGAGGGGAAAGAGAAUAAAAUGUCGAUCACUGGGUUAUGUGCCACUCAGUACUGUUUUUCCAUCUGCUGGAGGCUGAUACUGAUGCUCCCCCCAUCAACACCAUACGUCGACACAUUAGCACUUGGAGAGGAGAUUCCAGCAGGACCAAUGCUUCUGUAUUCCCUCGUCUGGGGACCAAGGGCUGCUUACAAAACAUUCAAUGGUUGGAUGAAGGACUGUCUCGUUAAACAGGGCAUGUACACCCAGUAUGCUGAGAAUCUCCUCAAGACUGUGUCCACAACAGUCAAUUCAAUAAAAUACGAUGUAACUCUGGCCAAGAACUGUAUCAAGACUCUCAAACCCGAGUUAAAUCCAUCAGACAACAUAAUGCCAAAGUCAACUCUACCAAAAUUAAGUUCUCUAACGAUUCUAGCAGCAGUCAUUGGAAAACUCCAAGUGCUCAUGGAUGAGAGCAUCUCCAAGAGCCCUAUGGAACAAGAUACUGAGUCCUCUAACAACAAGUCUGACUCGUCGAACAACGCACCUCAAACUGCGAGUACGAACACCAAUAAAAUGAUCAUCGAUAUUCUGCCACAUGUACUAUCAUUGACUGAAGCUAUUCUCGCUUCUUGUCGCUCGAGUGUUCUAUAUCAAAUGCUCGAGUCCUCGGAAUCCAAUGCUGGAAAAUAUAGCAUGAGGGAUUAUCUUGUUCUCGAUGGAAUUACAUGUGUUGCAGGUGCAUCGUGGGCCAUGGAGGCGUCAAUUAUUACUCUCUUACCCAACACAAUCAGAUCAGUUCUCGACAAAUGGAAAGCCAUUAAUGUCUCUCAUGUUCCGUGGAAUACGUACGCCAAUGACAUUAUCCCCGCUGAGAGCUAUAUUUUGGCGACAGUCAACCAUCACAUCAGCACACUCUCUCAACAUGGAACAACAUUUUCUAUCAAUCCAUCCUUGAAGAAUCUACUCCACUCUCUCGUUGCUUUUCUCUUCGAGUACAUUAAUCCAACUACAGCUGCAGAGAACUCUGAAAUUAGAGCUCAAGCCAUUGAUAUCCUCAUUCCCCUGACUAUGGAUGCAAGAACAGACAAUCUUCAUGAGCUGGCGUCGAAGACGUUGGUCAAACUCCUGGGUGCUGUUGACAGUGAGGCUAGACAAUUGAGAGAACAUCUGUAUGUACUUAAUUAUACGUACAACGUCAUUGUUGAUUACACUACAAACACCGAGGAUUCUUCGAUAAACGUUUCAGUAGAUGGUACCAUUCUUAAACAGUGCAUCAAGUAUUGGGAACAACUCCUGGAUAAUUCGGUGGGUUGCAAAGCCUUGGACCAGUUCUUUGCCCCAAGUACGAAUAGAACUCUAGUGUCUGUUCUCCUUUCAAUCGCAUCGCCACAGGCUUCCCAGCAAUUUAGCACUCAUGUCCUUCAUUUCUUCAACAAGCUUUACAAAACAGCUGAGAAGAAUAUGGAUGGCUCUUUAGAUCGUCUCUGCAAUUCAGUGUCGAAUUUGGCAGCUGUUGACAACGAGAAACUUCAGUGCUGGUUGAGACACGUGAUACUAGGCUGUCCUGGGAGUUCCUCGAUCGUUCAGAUCAUUCCGGUUGCCAGUACCAGUGAGAAUACUCAGAAUGAUUCAACCACUGGUGGCAAUGAUCAACAGUGGUCCUCACCUCCACCAGCUGCUGGUGGAUCAUCGUCUGCACUGACAACAGCCAACAAUCCAACAAGUACAACACUGUUACUGGAUUCUGAAAAGGUAAAUCAGCUGUCAAGUGCUUCGAACGAAGAGAAUCAACAGCUGAUGCAUGAAAAUAAUCAACUCCUUCAGGCAUUAACAAAUUACAUCGUCAAAGCCAAUAGCACUCUCGGAGAAAAUGUAUCUGUGACUCUUCUCCGAGCUCUAAUCCCCCUCGGUUAUCACAUCCUGUCUCCAGCCAUUGAAGCUGCAGGAUUCCCAGAGCUGAUGCAAGUGAUGGCGAAUCUCACUGACGCCGGCACUGACAAGGGACAUGUACUUUUGUUCAGAGCGGCAACUGAUUGGGUUGAACUCUGUAAACAGCAACUCAUGAGUAAAGACACUGAGACUCAAAUUCUGGACAAGCCAUCACCAUACAUCGAGGCAGGUUGCUGUGUUCUCAAUUACAUAUCAGAUAUUGUUGGUGCUGUCUGCCCCCAGAGACAACUGUCGAGCCAUUCAACUGAUCGAGCAACGAGUCCACCCUGGGAGGGUGCAGCACCUCUGAUAAGUGGAGAUCUCAACGAUAGUGAUUGGGUUGACGAACUGGUGCAUGAGGAUGAGGACAGUGCUGCUGAGGAUUCGGACGAAGACAGUCUGUGCAAUAAACUCUGUACAUUCACUAUCACACAGAAGGAGUUUACCAAUCAGCACUGGUACCAUUGUCAUACGUGCUCAAUGGUCGAUGGUGCUGGUGUCUGCACAGUUUGUGCUCGAGUCUGUCACAGGGGUCAUGACGUUACCUAUGCCAAAUAUGGCAAUUUCUUCUGCGACUGUGGUUUCAAGGAUGAUGGCUCCUGCCAAGCCCUGACUAAACGUAGUCCACAGAGCUCAGAGCAUCCGGGCCAAGGACACGCGGCGAACGCUUCAACGUUCAUCGGCAAUGGAGCAGCCAGUGGAAACGAGAAUUCAAAUUUGAACAACAACGCGACCAACAGACUUCGCAGACGAGCCUCAAGUCCCACAGGAUUUGGUGAGAAAUUAGAGAGAAGUGGCAGAGACAAAGAGAGACAAGCUGCUCUUGCUAAACAGCUCGAGGGAUCCAGAGACUGGAUCAUGACACAGUUGUGGUCCAGCGGGCUUGUUACAUCUCUCGUUGAGCUCACCAGGACCCUUAUACCAGCUGUUGAUGCCUCCUGCCAGAAAAAUUCACCAGUUGGUUGCCACACCAGAGGUCAAAUAGCCCUGAGACAGCUGCAUACACUCGAGAAAAAAUUCAUCCACACAGAUCAACUGAUGCUCUCAACUCUCGGCUCCCAAGAAGGUGCUUUUGAGAAUGUCCGAAUGAAUUACUCUGGUGAUCAAGGGCAAACAAUUCGCCAACUCCUAUCGGCCCACAUGAUUCGAAGAGUUGCCAUGUGUUGUCUGUCCUCACCCUAUGGUAAACGACAGCAUCUUGCUGUUUCUCAUGAGAAAGGAAAAAUCACUGUUCUACAGUUGAGUGCACUAUUGAAGCAGGCAGACUCUUCAAAGCGUAAACUCACACUAACACGACUCGCCUCAGCUCCAAUUCCCUUCACAGUACUCUCAAUCACUGGAAAUCCCUGGAACGAAGACUUUUUAGCUGUCUGUGGCUUAAAGGACUGCCACGUACUGACAUUCAACAGCUCUGGAACAGUCUCCGAUCAUCUCGUUCUGCACCCUCAAAGGGAACCCGGUAAUUUUAUAAUCAAGGCAAUGUGGCUGCCAGGCUCGCAGACACAAUUGGCCCUUGUCACUGCUGAUUUCGUAAAAAUUUAUGAUCUUGGCAAGGAUGCACUGAACCCUCAGUAUUACUUCGUGGUUCCCAUUGGAAAAAUUCGAGAUUGCACGUUCGUUCACACCGAGGACGAUGUCUUCUAUCUUCUUCUCAUGUCAUCUGCUGGAUACAUUUACAGCCAGGCUAUGAAUGAUGCAAGUUCUGCCAAGCACGGUGCAUUCUACGUCACCAAUACCCUCGACAUUUAUCAUCCAGAAAUCAAAGAUUUUGGCCAAGUGGGCGGAGGUGGAGUUUCCAUUUACUAUUCUCACGCUCUUCAACUACUCUUCUUCAGUUACACAUGUGGAAAAUCGUUCAUUGCACCUUUGAAUAAUAUGGAUGACGAUAUCGUAACAGUCUUCAUGAUUAAUAUUGCCAGCAACAGGUCAAAUGGAAACAAAUCGAAUAACAAUCAGCCACAGCCAUUGUGUCAGUGGAGUGAAGUCGCCAAUCAUCCUGGAUUGGUCUGCUCUGUUCUUCAGACUAGUAAUAAUCCGGUUAUCCUCAUGAUUAAACCUGAUGUUGUGCUGAUACAGGAGAUCAAAGUCGUUCCAAAGGCGAAAAUAAUGGAUAUGGUCGCCAUCAGGCAUCCAAGUUCUAAUGCUGAGCACAGGACAACUCUGAUUUUACUCUGUGAGGAUGGAAGCUUGAGGAUCUACAUGGCUGGCAUGGAGCAGACUGGUUACUGGAUGUCUUCUAAUGUUCAACCAAUUGGGACUAUAACGGGAAUUAAACAAUCGAGAAAGAAGAAGAUUGCCAAGGCAGGAAAGCCCUCUGGCUCCUUGACAUUUCCCAUUGACUUCUUUGAGCAUUGUCAAGUUAUGAAUGACGUGGAAUUUGGAGGCAAUGAUUUGCUGCAGAUUUAUAAUGUCGCUCAGAUAAAACAUCGAUUGAAUACCACUGGGAUGUAUGUCGUAUCGACCAGGACUAUUGGAUUCAAUGUGGAAGUUACGAAUAAUGAUCCUACCCUGGUGAUGUGCGGAAUUAGAGUACAAUUGGGAAGUCAGGAUGUUCAGAGGGCUCCACUUUAUGUCGAGGUCUUUGGGAGAAGCAUUAGAACGUCAUUGACCAGAAGUCGCUGGUUUGAUAUCCCUCUGACAAGAGAAGAGAGUCUUCAGGCGGAUAAGAAGCUAACCAUCACUUUCGGUCUUUCUCAGGAUCCUGAUGUCAUCAUGGUUGAUUCAAUUAAAAUCUACGGAAAAACAAAAGAUGCAUUCGGUUGGCCUGAAGAACCCGAAGAGAUUCCAGCUGGACAAACAACCCCCGCACCAGUUGUUCCUGGCUCAUCAAUCACCAAUGAAAAUGAAACAGCAGUUGUAUCACCAGCAUCUCUGACGUCAGUCGACAAACCCUCGAAGGACUCAGUGAAAAUAGAAAGAAUGAUUUCAAGCAUUCUGGAAGUCUUGGAGUCCUCAUUCACUUUAACUGCAGCAGAUGAAAGCAAAUCCUCUCUAAAAAAUACAGCCAUCGAAGUGGCGUCAAAUUUACUGACCCUGCCAACGCCACCAUCAGUUCAAAUGCACACAAUGGCCCUUUUGGCAGCCCUCUACAUGUCCCGAGUAGCCUACCAUUCCCACAAAGAUCAAGUCCAACUGAGCCACGUGUUGGAAUCUUUGAAAUCCAUGCGAAAUCUCAACGUCACGUGGAUGGACGCUGAAAACUUCUAUCGAUUGGCUCUCAUAAUCAGAAGUAUUGCCAUCGCGCGUCCCCACAAUCUGGCAAAAUUCACUGAGCAAAAUUCACCCAAGGCCUUUAAUGAGACUAACAUACCAAUCUUUGAGAGCGACAGAGUAUCACAACUCCAGAGCAAACAGAGUGAGAACGAGCAGCAAGACUCUAGCACUAAUCAGCACAUGGUUCUCCAGUUGAUGGACGUUUUCUGGACUCUUCACAUGGCCUAUCCCAAAAAUCUGGCCCUCGCUCCAGUUGUUGUGCCAGGGCUGACUCACACCGAAGCAAUAACUUAUGCCCUCGUGGAAAUAAUCCACUCCUUCACAAUGUGCGAUAUCGAGUGGAACAGUGGAUUAGCCGCGAGACUCUACCUUCAACUUCUUUUAUCAUCCGAUACUGCUGUGAGUUUCAGUGCAAAACAGGCGAUCAUCAGAGUAUUGAAACCUCGAUACAAAAAACGAAGGGUUUAUGUACCCAGUCCUCCUCACUGCAGUACACCAGGUGUCUCCGGUGUUGCCGGUACGAGUGGAAUCGAGGAGAAACCGAUCGAGAACUCUUCGCUUCAGGAACAGAUGGAGGACCCUCGUCAGUACGACGUUGAUGCUGUUGAGCCAAUGGCGUUGCUUGGGGCAGAGGGUAAUCAGGCAGAGAGACUUGCCCAUCCCCUGGAAGCACUUCUGGGUCCAGCUGGAUUUCCACAUCUUCUCGAUCUCCCUGAGGCCGACGAUGAGGCAAUGAUGGGUUUGGCUAUAGCUCUCAGUCUUCAGGAUCAGGAAGGAGGUGGCCCUGAUCUUCAAGCCCUGCAGCAGGGAUUGGUGAAUUUCCAGGGAAUUCCAGGUCUAGAGAAUCUCAGUGGACCUGCCCUGCAGAGCCUUCAAACUUUGGCUGCUGCCCAGGGACUUGGAGGAUUGCAGGGAAAUCUACCAGUUCAAGAUCCAGCUCAGCCUUCGGUGUCCGGAUCAGUUGGUGGUAACGAAGGGAAUUAUUCAGACACAACGACCUCAGCUGGUGGCUCCGACGAUGAGGCCACUGAUAAUGGGUCAACAGCUGCAACAGACGCUAGUAGCACAUUGAGAACUUCACCAGCUCCAGAGCAGCAGCGAGAGAGUGGAGGCAGUGAGAGUGGUGGAAGCGAGCAGAAUGUGUCAGGAUCUUCCUCAUCAUCGUAUGGUGAUUCGAAUAAUGAACAACCACAGAAUAGUAGACGAUCGACUGAACCAGGCUCGUCGGGCACUGCUGAUGCCAAUUCCAGUGGGCAAAAUAAACAGAAUGAUACCCCAGAACAUGAGGAAGUCAUUGGUGAAUCUGAAGUGACUGAACACGAGCCUGAAAUUGAAAUUGCACAACCUUCAGAGGCCACCACUAAGUUACACUCUGUACGUCUGUGUUUGCUCGAGAAAUUCAUGCAGUUCAUUCCAGAAAUGUCACAAAAUGUAUCGGGAGUUCUUUCCAUUCCUUACAUGCAGGUUGUCCUUAUGUUAACUUCCGAUCUCGAUGGAUCUGAUGAACGAGAUCGUUCCUGUAUCGAGAAAUUAUUGAAUAUUCUCAUUAAACAAUUAGAGAUGGAUACAACUGAUACAACAGACAUCAACAAACGGACUGAUAAACGUGAAGUGCAUUUGGUUAUCAUGAGGCUAUUGAGUGUUCUGAUGUCUCGAUCCAAGUACAAUACAAAAGCACAGAAUGACAAUUCGAAUUUUGUCUCCCAAUUGACAGCGAGUAUUUUGAGUAAAGCUGGUGUUAUACAUCACUGCUUGACAUUAUUGACAGAACUAUUGAAAUACUGGAAAACAACGUCGACAGAGGAUCCAGGAACUGUCAUUGGUGGGCAAUUGUUGAAAGAGCAUUUGACAACCUCCCCACCGGACAUGUCACCAUUUUUCCUGCGUCAGUAUGUCAAAGGUCAUGCCACUGAUGUCUUUGAGCCUUAUCCCCAGUUGUUGACAGAAAUGGCCCUUAGACUGCCUUAUCAAAUUUACAAAUACAGUGCUGAGAAUAAUAUAUCAAUUCAGCCUCUGUUCGAUCAGCAGGCCUGGCACUUUUACCUGUGUGAAUACAUGAUGCUGUACCAGACUCCAUUCAUCAGGCGUCAGGUGCGAAAAUUAUUGCAGUUGAUUUGUGGAAAUAAAGAGAAAUACAGACAACUCAGGGAUCUUCACGCACUUGUCUCUCACAUUCAAUCUGUCAAGCAGUGCUGCAACAACAGUACAAAUCAGAUCGGUGGUGGUCUUCCUCUGGACUCUCAACAGCAGUCCAUAAUUUUGCCUUAUGACUCUCUGGUGGAGCUCAUCGAACACCUCAAGUGCUGCGUGGAAAUAGCAACGAGCAGAACUGGAAACUGGCAGAGAUUCUGCCUCAAGCAGACUACGGUUCUCUCUUAUCUAUUUAAAAUUUCUACUCUUCUCGAUGAAGGUGUCAGUCCCACUGUUCUCCAAUUGCUCCAGUGCGCUAUUUGCUCGACAGCAAAAACAAGAGACACAAAAACUAAGGAUUCUAAAGGUACGAUAUCGAAGGAGAGAAGAGAUCGUGCUAAAUCUGAGGAUUCAGACAUUGAGGCGAAAUUCGAGGAGACUCAGUGCGUUAUUCUUGUGGAGCAGAUUCAGAGACAGGUGUCAUCGUCAUUGCUGACGAAAUUCAUGAGGACAUUCCUGCUGGAGACGAAUAAUACCAAUGUCAGGUGGCAGGCGCACUCGCUCAUACUGGCCAUUUUCAAGAACAGCGGCCCACCACACCAGGAGGCUCUGUUAGAUCUGCUCUGGAAGAUGUGGCCACUGUUGCCAGCCUACGGUAGAAAGGCAGCCCAAUUUGUCGAUCUACUCGGAUACUUUUCAUUGAAAACACCUGAUGCUGGCAAGAAAAUGCACACGUACAUGGAGCAAGCGGUGUCUGUCCUUCAUGCCCAGAAUCAGUUGCUCACACGACAUCCAAGUGCCAAUCUGUAUACAGUGCUGUCACAAUACGUUGAACUCGAUGGAUACUAUCUCGAGAGUGAGCCCUGUCUCGUGUGUAAUAAUCCAGAGGUCCCCAUGGCAACAAUCAAAUUAUCAUCGAUCAAAGUUGAUUCAAAAUUCACAACAACAACGCAAAUCGUCAAAUUGGUUUCCAGUCACACUAUCAGCAGAAUAAUGUUGAGAAUUGGAGACUUGAAGAGAACUAAAAUGGUGAGAACCAUCAACAUUUUCUACAACAACAGAACAGUUCAGGCUGUUGUCGAAUUGAAAAAUAAACCAGCAAUGUGGCACAAAGCGAAGAAAAUCACCCUUGCCCAGGGUCAGACUGAAGUCAAAAUGGAAUUUCCACUUCCCAUUGUCGCCUGCAAUUUGAUGAUCGAGUACGCUGACUUCUACGAGAACAUUCAGGCAUCCUCGGAGACACUCCAGUGCCCCAGGUGUUCCGCCAAUGUUCCAGCUAAUCCUGGAGUUUGUGCCAACUGUGGAGAGAAUGUAUUCCAGUGUCACAAGUGUCGUGCAAUAAAUUACGACGAGAAGGAUCCUUUCUUGUGUCACGCCUGUGGAUUCUGCAAAUACGCAAAAUUCGAUUACACGUUGACAGCACGCCCCUGUUGCGCUGUAGAUCCAAUUGAGAAUGAUGAAGAUCGCAAGAAGACGGUAGCAACAAUAAACACCUGGUUGGAAAAAGCUGAUCGAAUCUACAAGACCCUGACGUCGAACAAGCCAACUCUGGAGAUGCUGUUAAUGAAGAUUGCUGAGCACAGAUCAGACACGAGAAAUAUUGAUGAUGGAGUUCAAGUGAGUAAUUCUGGUGGAAAUACUCAGGUGAAUCGAACAAUUCAGCUGUUGGCUCAAAGAUACUGUGGAGAUUGCAAGACAUCGUUUGAGGAGCUCAGUAAAAUAAUUCAGAGAGUGAUUGCUUGGAGGCGAGAGCUCGUGGCUUACGACAGAAAUCAACGGGGAUGUCUUCAGCAUAAACGACAAAUAAUAUUCAAAGAGAACCAGGAAGAUGAGGACGAGAAGGAUAAAGAGAAAGAGGUGGAGGAUGAUGAAGACGAGAAGAUGAUUAUACCACCGAUUACAGGGAGAUGCUAUGGCUGUGCUACUGCUGCAACUGAGCAUUGCUUGACUCUCCUUCGUGCACUUGCAACCAACUCAGCAGCACGAGAAGUUCUUUGCAAGCAGGGACUCAUUCAGGAAUUGAUAGAGCAUAAUUUGAGAAGAGGAACGGUCCAGGUUCAGGAGGAGGUACGUCAGCUUCUCUGUUUAGUCACAAGGGACAAUAUUCAGUCGACGAAAGAGCUCUGUACACUGCUGAUGAAUAGAGUCACUAUGACAUUGAAGGGUCGAGUGUCAACAUCAGAUCUGGCAAUGGCUGUUCGGCCUGAGAUGUCAUUGCUGGCAGCUCUGGUCCAGAAGGAUGACACGUGUUGGGAGCAGAAACUCCGUUGUGUCAUGCAGCUAUUCCUAAUGGCUUGCAAAGAGUCGAAGAGUCCAGUUGUCAUGGAGAGCCUUAUUUUGCCCUCGCUGAAGAUCCUCCAGAGCCUCAUAAAACCAGAUCAGCCAGUGUCCAAGAAGAAUAAAGAUAAAACUAUCGAAUCGCUUGCGACUAUUCAACCACCACCGGAAGGUGUGAGUAUUGAUGUUGCUAAAUGGUUGAAUGGAGAGUCCAAGCACUCGUACACAGAGUGGCUGCAGAGGAUGCCAGCAAAGAAGUCGUCACUACCUCAUGGCUCGAAUAAAUCACUCAAGAAGGACGAGGCAAGAGUACUGUACCUCAUGGAGAAAUAUGGACAUCGUUGGCAUUAUCGAUGCACAAGAUUACGAGAGAUUCAACCACUGAUGCUCGUUGAUGGGGCAUGGCUGAAGGAGGUUCUCUUCAAUCCGAGCUCAAGAUUGGCCAGACAAGUUGCUUGCAACAUGGUGGAAAGUCUCUGUCAAGGUACAGAGAGGAAGAAAAAAAUUCUCGUCCUUAUGACAGGAUAUCUGGAGGAGUUGAGGACAGCUGGAGAGAGCAGUGCUGAAUUUUUAUCACUUUACCAGAGCUUGAUUCGUCAAUUACCUUGGAAACAAUUCCUUGCCGUGAGGUGUGGUGUUAUGACGAAAUUGGCUGAAUUGCUCACUCGUGAAAUCCAGGAGUUGCAUCGGUUGGAGGAGACAACACUGACCAGUGAUUUGUCGCAGGGAUACUCAUUGAAGAUGUUGACUGAACUACUUGCAACAUUUUUGGAACAAGAGAACAUCAAGCAGCAGUACAAGGGCAGAUUAGUUGGGGCUGUUCUCAAUGGAUAUCUCUCUUUGCGAAGAUUGGUUGUGCAGAGAACUAGAUUGAUCGAUGAUACUCAAGAAAAAUUGCUCGAGCUUCUGGAAGAAAUGACUUCAGGCACUGAGGAGGAGACCAAGGCCUUCAUGGCAGUGUGUGUAGAAACUGUUGAGAAGUAUAGCCCUCAGGAUGUACGGACACCAGUUUUUGUCUUUGAGAGACUCUGCUCCAUAAUUUAUCCGGAGGAGAAUGAUGUUGGGGAGUUUUUCUUGACACUGGAGAAAGAUCCACAGCAGGAGGAUUUCCUCCAGGGUAGAAUGCUGGGAAAUCCGUACAGUAGUCUCGAACCUGGAUUAGGGCCACUGAUGAGAGAUGUCAAGAAUAAAAUUUGUCAAGACUGUGAGCUCGUUGCACUCCUGGAGGAUGACAAUGGGAUGGAGCUCUUGGUAAAUAACAAGAUAAUAAGUCUGGAUUUGCCUGUGAAAGAUGUCUACAAAAAAAUUUGGGUUCACGAGGGUGGAGAGUGCGAUGCCAUGAGAGUUGUCUACAGAAUGCGAGGACUCCUUGGUGAUGCAACUGAGGAAUUCGUGGAAACGCUCAAUGCAAAUAGCGAACAGGAGAUUAACAACGAGGAAGUUUAUAAAAUGGCAAACGUUUUGGCUGAUUGUGGAGGUCUUCAAGUGAUGCUCGAUCGUUUGUCGGCAAUUCACGAUGUGGCCAGAGCUAGACCACUACUUCAAGUACUUCUGAAGCUGUUCAGACUGUCUGUCAAGGUGAAAAAGAAUCAGCAAGUGCUGAGUAGGCCCGAACUAGGAGCUGUCACUGUAUUCCUUCAAGUUCUCCAGAGAUGUCUGGCAACGGAGCCAUCAGAGACGAGUGGUCAGGCUCAAGCCAAAGUGACAGAGCAACUUCUGGAUAUCAUGGAGACAAUACUGGCAAAUGCCACCUCCCAAUCUCUCGAAUCUUUCGAGGAAUUUUCAACAACUCUCGGAGGUCCUGAACACGUCAAAGCCCUCCUCUCCUGCACCCAAUCGUCAGCUGUCAGACAGAGCAAUAACGUUCUUGUUCAUCUUGCUAGAGUCCUGGCCGCUCUGACGUAUGGUAAUAAAGAAAAAAUGGCUGUUCUCUGUGAUUUCUUCAAGCCUGUACUGAAUUUCUACGAAUUUGAUUACGAGCACACCGCAGAGGACGAACAGAAACUCGAGCUCUUCUGUGUAUUAACUCAGGGAAUUGAGAGAAAUGCCAUUGGAAAUACCCUAAAAGAUUACAUUAUUGAUAUGGGAAUAGUAAAGGAUGCCUUUGAAUACAUAACAGUAUACGCCCCAUGUGUGAAGCCAACUCUCCUUCGUACAGACAGCGACGAGUUGAAAGAAUUUAUCUCAAAACCAGCCCUCAAGUAUAUCCUCCGUUUUCUCACUGGUUUAUCAACACAUCAUGAAUUAACACAGCUCGCAGUCUCACCCGUGACAAUCAGUAUAAUCCAUCGAUUGGAGCAAGUGUCCUCAGACGAGCACGUUGGAUCACUCGCAGAGAAUCUCCUUGAGGCCCUCUGCACCAACACCAAAGUAGCCCAACUUAUUGACGAGGCAAGACAGCACACACGAAGUGAGAAAAAACGUUUGGCCAUGGCUAUGAGGGAGCGUCAACUUGGUGCCCUUGGAAUGCGCACAAAUGAUAAAGGCCAAGUGACAGCUGCCAGCGGAGGAACAAUUCUCCAACAGAUGGAGGAUCUCGGUGAGGAUGAGACUGGUCUAGUCUGCGUUAUCUGUCGUGAGGGUUACAAAUUCAAGCCAAAUCUCGUACUUGGAAUCUAUACAUUCACAAAACGCUGCAACGUAGAAGAAUUCGAGACGAAACAACGUAAAACCGUUGGCUACACAACUGUCACACAUUUCAACGUUGUUCAUGUGGAUUGUCACAUGUCAGCUGUCAGAUUGGCGAGGGCUAGGGACGAGUGGGAGAGUGCUGCACUGCAGAAUGCAAAUACCAAGUGCAAUGGCUUGCUACCACUGUGGGGACCACAGGUACCAGAGUCAGCCUUUGCUACUUGUCUAGCUAGACACAAUACGUAUCUUCAGGAGUCCACUGGGCACAGGGAUAUCUCUUACUCGUCGACCAUUCACGAUUUAAAGCUUCUGUUGUUGAGAUUUGCCCAGGAGAAGAGCUUCCACGAUGAUACUGGAGGUGGUGGACCCCAAUCCAAUAUGCACAUCAUUCCCUAUCUCACUCAUAUGGCUCUCUAUGUCAUGAACACCACAAGAUCUGGAGGCAAAGAGGAGCAGCAGCUGACGAGCUACUUGAGGGCAUCGCCUUCGGCGUCCUGGCUGGACAGCUGUUACGAAGCCGAAGGGCCUUACUAUCAAGCUGUUCUCUCUCUCCUUAUACACCCGCCAGCUCGUUGGCAACAAGAAAAAUUCACCCACUUGAAGAGACUUAUCAUUCUCGCCCACCAGAGGUACAUCUCACCCUCUGGACCUACCAAAACCAUCACCGACUCCACUGUCAAGGAUUACUCUGUUUAUAAAAGCGCUCUCAUAUUUUUUGGACUCAUUGAUGUGAUUUAUGGAAACUUCUUCAAGGAUUCCAGUCUUACUACUAAAAUGACCUCGUCACAGCUCCAGUGGUCCACUGUUCUUGCUGACUAUAUCAGGGAAAAUGAUGAAGCUAUGCUCAAAGCUUCUGAGAAAGUUCUCGUUGCGUAUCGAGAUGAAUUGCUGCCUUGUGCUUCGUUCGAUGAAUAUUGUGAUGUUGUCGGUUUGCUUGGGGAGAUACCAGAUCUCUCUUCGUAUAUAACUGAUCUUCUGAGGAGCUUUGUUUGAUGAAAAAUUAAUGAACAGAAGACAAAUACGUACUUUAAUAUCAAAGAAAUCUAUAUCUGAAUUAUCAUUGGCUUUUUCAAUUUCUGUAUACGAAGGCAAAACCAUUAACAAUCUUUUGAUUAAUAUUAGUCGCAAUUUACUACGAUUAUGAUCGACAUCUCGUUGUGUAUCGCUUCAUUAUUUAUGCAUUCAUAGUUUUAGCCGAAGUAAAUGUGAAUGAAAAAAUGAAGUAUGUGCUUCGAUGAAAAUUAAAUCUAAUAAAAUGUUUGCAAAUGUUACUACUA